UUGGUUACAAAAAAAUGUGCGACGCGUGAGAGUAACGGUACAACUUGCAAAAAGUGUAAACACCAUUCUCUUCCGUCGCCAACAGUCGUCGUUCAUCAAUGAGUCUAGGCGAUCGCACAGUCAAAACGUCCGGGACCUUCAGAGCGGUCAAAUUUACUUAUGUGCCUUGCGGGCUUUCCCGGAGCUUUCCAUUCAGUCUCGGGCCGGCGAGCGACACGCGUACUACGUGCCUAUUUAUUGUUGCUCUACACAAUCGAAACAUUCGCAAACAAGAGAGUCAAAUUUACUUUUAUCCCGCGCGGACUUUCCCGGAGCUUUCCAUUCAGUUCCGGGCCGGCGAGCGACACGUAUAUCACGGACUGCGUGUGUCGGUGUGUUAUUUGUUGUUCUUCUUGGGUGAUUAAACUAUUUCGUCUUUUGAGAUACUUAAUUGGUCUCUCGUCGGCAUCGCGUUAUUUAACACGUAUACUUUCGAUUGAAUCGUCGCGAGUGUCAGUGUCAGUGCAAUGACGGAGCAACCAGGAUAUUAGAUUGAGAAGCCAGGAUGAGGAUGCAGAAUGCAGGACGCUGAGACGUGGGUAGUGGUACAUCAUAUAUUUUCAAGCAACCGCCGUCGACACAUCGAUCGACAUCGCUCCGCGUUGCACGUGUCUUGGACCUGUCGAAAGCGAGCCUCGUGCGGAAAUAAGUAUCGGGAGUGGUCGAGAAUAGCGAUGUGCAAUCGUCGGGAUGUAACCAUUAUCCGGUCGCCUGGUGCCGACGCCUUACUGCAGCGCGUCGUGGAAGCGGCGAGCAAGGAAUGCGUAUAUCUGGAGGCAAGCAGAACUCGACUCUCGUCCCGACGUGGAAUCGCAUUACCGGCAACCGCCUUUCCACGAUCUGGCGGCGGACGGCUUGCGGCCACACAACAGACGCAGUUUCUCAGGACGUGUAAUUCCGGCGAAAUGCAGAUAACAGUACCGGAGAAAGAUCCGAGCAGGGCCAGAGCUUGAAGAUAUGUUCAAAGACUCGCUGUACUUCCUCUCUUAACUCUUUGCAACAGAAAACCGGGAUGCAGCCGUGUAACUCGAGUUACGACCGUGAGGGCUUAAUCCGCACGCUCACACCUCUGUGCGCGUUUGUUUGUUAAACCGAAUCUCCGAAUUUAACCGCCAAAAUUAAUGUCUCUCCGUUCGUGGGCGUUUUAUAAAUCACAAUACAUCGUGCGCUGAACAAUUGAAUCAAUUGUGUAACGCUCGAUUUUUUCUAUUACGUUCAAUAUCGUCUCAAACGAUAUUCCGCAGGCAAACCGUUCGGGAGUUCUGUUCAUGGCGAUCACAAUACACGAAACGUUAAAUGAUUGAAUCAAUUCUGUCACGCUCAAUGUUUUUUUAUUGCACUCAAUAGUUUCUAUCAUGUUCCAUAUUUUCUCUAACGGGCUCGCGUGCGCGGCAGGCAAGCUGCUCGAGCUCCUGCAAACGCCAAGGUCGCGCGACCUUCGGUGCGAUAACAGCACAACAGUCGUCAAUGCGCGAGGUACUCCGGCGUCAUAACAGUGUUAGCCGUCACGGAGAGCAUAACGUAACGCGUCAGGCGUGUUAUUUUCGAUCAUUCUCGGUUGGUUAAAGUGCAAUACUCGGUAUAUCGCGUGUACUAUCGUUGUUCUCGGAUCAUCGUGAGCACCGAGUGUCGUGAUUAAAUAUCAGAGGUGAUUGUCACUUUUUGUUACAUUUAAAAAAAAGAAAUCUACAAUCGUAGCUCGUACUCACGAGACUCUCGUGCCGCAAAUAUGCUUCGUAUCUAAAGUUGUAAAAAUAUCAAUUAAAUUCGCUUCAAAUUUAAUAAUUUAUUUGAGUAAAUAAUUUCUAAUUUAA